AUGGCAGGGUCAAAGAUGUCUCUGCCGUUGGCUCUGGUGGUGGUCCUCUCAGUGUUGCUGACAGGAGCAGCCCAUGCUGGGCCUGAGAUGGACCCAUACAAAAUCUUAGGAGUAACCAGGAGUGCAAGCCAGGCCGAAAUCAAGAAAGUCUACAAGCGCCUGGCAAAAGAAUGGCAUCCUGACAAAAACAAAAAUCCAGGUGCUGAGGACAUGUUUAUCAAGAUCACCAAAUCAUACGAGAUCUUGUCCAAUGAAGACAAGCGUGCCAAUUAUGAUCAUUAUGGGCAGACUGAUGACACCCAGCCAUACGGAGGUGGUCGCUAUGGUCAACGCCACGACAGCUUUUACUUUGACGAGUCCUUCUUCAAUUUUCCUUUCAAUAGCAAGAACCACAGAGACUUUGCUGACAGCAAGUACACAUUGCACUUUAACCAGUAUGUCAACGACGUGGUGCCUGACAGCUACAAGAGACCGUACCUGAUAAAGAUCACCUCUGACUGGUGUUUCAGUUGCAUCCACAUUGAGCCCGUGUGGAAAGAGGUGGUGCAGGAGAUGGAGAAUCUAGGUGUUGGAAUAGGUGUGGUAGAUGUUGGCUAUGAGCGACGGUUAGCCAAUCACCUUGGUGCUCAUCGCACCCCAUCAAUACUCGGAGUAAUCAAUGGCAAAGUGACGUUUUUCCAUUAUGCUGUAGCAAAGGAGCACCUGAGACAGUUUGUGGAAGACCUUCUCCCUCAGAGACUUGUGGAGCGGGUAACCGACAAGAAUGAUCUGCAGUUCUUAAACAGCUGGCAUGAGCUCAACAAGCCACAUGUUCUUCUGUUUGACCAAGUGCCUGUAGUUCCUCUACUAUACAAACUAACAGCUUUUGCUUAUAAGGACUACUUGCAGUUUGGCUAUGUGGACCAGGGCCUUUCAGAGACUGCCAAUCUGCAGAAACAGUUCAAUAUCAACACAUAUGCACCAACCAUGUUAGUGUUCAAAGAGAACACAGACAAGCCAGCUGAUAUUAUACAGGCUAAAGGAAUGAAGAAGCAAAUUAUUGAUGAGUUCAUGAUAAACAACAAAUUUCUCCUUGUGCCAAGGCUGGUUAAUCAGAAGCUCUUUGAUGAGCUCUGUCCUGUCAAGCAAUUUCACAGACGCAGGAAAUACUGUGUCCUGCUGAUCACAGGAGACGAGGAGACCUUUUCAUAUGGGAACCAGGCAUUUCUCUCAUUUGCCUCUGCCAAUAUGAAAGAAGUUGUGAGAUUUGCUUAUGUGUACCAACGUCUACAGCAACCACUUUGUGACAUCCUCAUGCAGAACAAGGACAGUGCACUGUCACCACCACAGGUAGUGAUCCUGGAGAGGCGUAAUGCUGCGGGGAAAGCCAUGUUCAAGCCAGUGACUGCCUGGAACGGCAGUGAGGAAGACAAGCAGUGUCUCCUGGAGGAGUUGGAGCGUCUUCAGAAGGACCCAUCUAUCCUCAUCCAUGACGCCAUGCUACCUGAGCUGAACAACGAGUUUGCCUCUAUGUUUGUUAUCCGAUGGAUCUAUGCAUCUUACGAUUACCUCUCUGAAGUCAUUGAUGACAUUCUGCAUAACAACUGGCGUGAGAUGAUGCCUCUUCUGUCCCUCAUCUUCUCUGCCCUGUUCAUCUUGUUUGGAACUGUGGUCAUACAAGCCUUCAGUGACUCAAGUGAAGAUAAACAGACAAAACCAAAGGCAAAGGAUGGAAUGAAAGUAGAAAAUGGGUCACCAGGGACUGGCAGUACUUCAAGUCGCCCUCCCAAGAAGAGUUUUGUUGAGGUGACGGAGCUGACGGAUAUCACUUACAUGAGCAACCUGGUGAAGUUGAGGCCAGGACACAUGAACAUAGUGCUGGUGCUCACAGAUGCCUCCAAGAACAUCCUCCUCAGCAAGUUUGCCAAAGAGGUUUACUCUUUCACAGGGAGCCUGACGCUACACUUCUCCUUCCUGAAUAUUGACAAGCACAGUGAGUGGAUAAACACACUGCUAGAAUACGCUCAGGACUCCAUGCACAUCGAUGCAGACGAGGAUGACAGGGGCAACCACAAGAUAGACUACACCGGCUAUGUGCUGGCACUUAAUGGCCACAAGAAAUACCUGUGUCUAUUUAAGCCUGUCUACACUGGUGAAGAUCUUGAAAGUAAGUCAUCUGAGGAUGAAGGAGGCACUUCAGGGGGAAGGUCAAGGUCCAGUUCCCGUGACGAACACCCACCGCGGAAAUCCAACCGGUCACGCAGCAUGUCCACCCUGCAGAUCCACCACAAACUGGACCGCCUGGGGUUGUGGAUGGAAAGGCUCAUGGAAGGCACUUUGCCUCGUUACUACAUCCCUUCGUGGCCAGGACUAGACAAGAUCACCACCAGUAAAUAGAACAUGGCAAGUUAGGAAGGACUUAGUAUUUAUAGACUGUCGAGCUUAAAUGGCUCCUUUUGUGUCCUGCUGGAGUUAGGCUACAGCCUUUUUGCACUAAAGAUAUUUAAUAGUUACAGAUUAAAGUUGGGUCAAUGUUACACAAUUGGCUUUUAGUGAAAUUACUGUGGGACAAGUUCUUUGGCGUACUCCUCUUACAUUCAUUGCAUGCGGUUCUAAACUCAGUAGUUUUAUUUCCUUCAGGCAAAUGCUGCUGCUACAGCCUUGAGAGCAGAAAACAGAAUCACUGUGGCCACCUGUACUCCUACCUUCAUUGACCAUCAGGCAUAUUCACAUACACACUAAAGGAGACAGGACAACGACCUUAGUCUUCAAUGAUGAAUACUGUGAACAGAGAUGCAUGUCUCUAACACUAAAUGUCUUCGUCUUUUUAUGCAUCUCCAUCCAAUUUUUCCUAAGUUACAGAUUAUCUCUUGAAUGCUGACUGGCUUGUACAGUAUGGCACACUACUAUAAUGACAAUGCCUUUUAUGCUGGACUUCAAGAGUUACUCAAUUUUCUUCCUUGAUGAUGUGAUUGCAUAAAAAGAAAAUACUUGUUUGUUGGGGUUGUGAUUUAAAAUGUAUUCACUACAAAGGAGUUAUUUAGCAGCUUUGGUCCAUGUUACAACUUCUGUUAGCCAGUAGCUUUAUGUAGCAAACAUAACGAACAGGCUUUACAUUUUAUUUUCUGAAUGUUUUUCAAAUGGAUUCAAUUGAAUUAGAAAUGAUCAUGAUCUCAUCUUGAAUUAUGUGGACAAACACAUGAACAUAAAGAUAAGCUGUGUGCUUUCUUUAUCUCUUCAUUUGUGUUGUCAACAUGACAUGUAAAUGUCAUUAAUAUUUGUUUGUUGGUACUAUGUGAUGUAAAUUAUGUAAAUAAUCAUGGUAUCUAUGGGACCUGCAUUUUAAAAAGUAUGUAACUUGAAAGAUUAGGUGAAUGUUUUACAUGGAUCUAUCAAAAUGCUGUAGUUACGGUUUUUAGUUUCCAUUGAGAUUUUCUUUUACAUGUUAGUGUAAAUAAUGUCUGCCUGUGUCAGAUGUUCAGUUGGUCUUCAAUAAUGCAUUUAUCCUCUUGUUGGUCGUAAUAAAAUACUUUAU